CGGAGCCCCCGGGCCGGGGCGAUGCCCCCCUGCAGCCGCAGGCACUGAGCCGGGGCCGGCCCGUGCAUGGCCCAGCCAUGGAGGUGGUGGACGAGACGGAGGCUCUGCAGCGCUUCUUUGAAGGCCACGAUAUUAAUGGAGCUCUGGAGCCAUCCAACAUCGACACCAGCAUCCUGGAGGAGUACAUCAGCAAGGAGGACUCUCCGGAGAUCUGCUUCCCUGAGAUCCCUGCUCCCAGCAGCUACGCACACCCCCAGCCCUCCAGCUCCGCCGGCAUCCCCGCGCCUCCCGCCAGCUCCGUCGGCAGCGUGAGCAAUCCCUCUCCCGGCACUCCCCUCCACCUCCCUCCCGCCGGCAGCCAGCUCCCGGUGCGGCAUGCUCCUCUGCUGGGCAAUCCCUGCGGAGCCGCCUACGGAGCUCACCUCAACUGCAACAACAACAAUGGCAUGGUGGUGCCCAAGGGAUUCCUGGGUGGCCACUGCCUGAGCAACGUGGCCCCUCCGAUCAAAUCAGAGCCCAAGGCCUCCUACGCACCUGGCACUUUGCCGGACUCUCCCCCGGAUUCCGGAUCGGAAGCCUACUCCCCUCAGCAGGUGAACGAUCCUCACCUCCUCCGGACCAUGACUCCUGAAAAUAUGUGUCACAUGACUCCCCCUUCCCGCCUGGAGCACCCUCCUCCUCCUCCCCCGCCUCCUCCUCCACCCCCUCACCUCCAGGGUCCCCCCCCGCCGCCCCCUCACCCCCUCCAGCCGCAGCACAAUUCCCACUUUCCCGGCCUGCAGCGGGAUAUGUUCCUGAAGGCCGAACCCCUGAUGGCUCCCUACGGCGUCGGGCCGGGAAUGGCGCCCGCGGAGCUCCACCAUGCCCAGCAAUCCCAGAUGCUGCACCAGCUCCUCCAGCAGCACGGAGCAGACCUCCCGGUGCAUCCCGCCAAGAAGCGGAAACACUCCGAGUCCCCCCCCAACACCCUCAAUGCCCAGAUGCUCAACGGGCUGAUCAAGCAGGAGCCGGGAAUGGGAUCCGUGCCGCUCAAUCCCGAUCGCGUCCAGACGCCUCCCUGGCACCAGCCGGGUGCGCUCUCUCCAGGCCUGAUUCAGGAUAACGACAGCCUGAACGGCUCCUACCUGGACCCCAACUUCCAGUCCAUCAAGUGGCAGCCACACCAGCAGAACAAGUGGGCGACCCUCUACGAUGCCAACUACAAGGAGCUGCCGAUGCUCACGUACCGCGUGGAUGCCGACAAGGGCUUCAACUUCUCCGUGGGAGACGACGCCUUCGUGUGCCAGAAGAAGAACCACUUCCAGGUCACCGUGUACAUCGGAAUGCUGGGCGAUCCCAAGUACGUGAAGACCCCCGAGGGCCUGAAACCCUUGGAAUGCUUCUACCUGAAGCUGCACGGAGUGAAGCUCGAGGCCUUGAACCAGUCCAUCAACAUCGAGCAGUCGCAGUCAGACCGCAGCAAACGGCCCUUCAACCCCGUCACGGUGAACCUGCCCCCGGAGCAGGUCACCAAGGUCACGGUGGGGCGGCUGCACUUCAGCGAGACCACGGCCAACAACAUGAGGAAAAAAGGCAAACCCAACCCGGACCAGAGGUACUUCAUGCUGGUGGUGGCCCUGCAGGCGCACGCCCAGAACCAGAACUACACGCUGGCAGCCCACAUCUCCGAGCGGAUCAUCGUCCGGGCUUCCAACCCGGGGCAGUUUGAGAGCGACAGCGACGUGCUCUGGCAGCGGGCGCAGCUCCCGGACACGGUGUUCCACCACGGCCGUGUGGGAAUCAACACGGACCGCCCGGACGAGGCCCUGGUGGUCCACGGCAACGUGAAGGUCAUGGGGUCCCUGAUGCACCCCUCGGAUGUCCGAGUGAAAGAGGACAUCCAGGAGGUGGACACCACGGAGCAGCUGAAGCGGAUCUCCAGGAUGAGGCUGGUGCACUACAACUACAAACCCGAGUUUGCAGCCACGGUGGGCAUCGACAGCACCUCUGAGACAGGUGUCAUCGCUCAGGAAGUGAAGGAGAUCCUCCCGGAAGCUGUGAAAGACACUGGGGACCUGGUCUUUUCCAACGGGAAAACCCUGGAGAACUUCCUGGUGGUGAACAAGGAGCGGAUCUUCAUGGAGAACGUGGGAGCCGUCAAGGAGCUGUGCAAGCUCACGGAUAACCUGGAGACACGGAUCGACGAGCUGGAGAGGUGGAGCCACAAGCUGGCCAAGCUCAAGAGGCUGGACAGCAUGAAGUCAACCGUGAGCUCUGGAGCCUUCAGCCAAACCGGGAGCCAGUUCAGCCGGGCAGGAAGCGUGCCCCACAAAAAGAGACCCCACAAAGUCUCCGGCAAGUCUCCGUCGGUUGUCCCGGAGCAGGCCUGCAUCAGCCAGCGCUUCCUUCAGGGCACCAUCAUUGCCCUGGUGAUCAUCAUGGCCUUCAGCGUGGUGUCCAUGUCCACGCUCUACGUGCUGAGCCUGCGCAGCGAGGAGGAUCUCAUGGACAUCGAUGGCUCCUUUGCUGUACCCACUGCCUGUCUCCUGGCCCUCUUCCGGCAUGGGGGUCCCGGAAUUCCAGUUGCUCUGUGUCCACGGUCAAGCCAGAACAUCGACAAGACGCAGACAGUGCGAUCCACGGCUGCAUCCAGCGGAGCCGGCAGCAGGACCCCCCCCGAGCGUGUCCCGGAUGAGACGCACGGAGCAGCCCUUGGCAUUCCCGGUGGCGGUGUGCUGGCCUGUUUCAGCCCUCCCUGUUUUUCCACCUGCUGCUCUGCCGCUCCCACCGACGUCUCCUCUGUUGUCCCCUCGGAGACCAGCCCUGCCCACGCCACCAACCGGACAGACCAAAGCCAGCCCUCCCUCCUGCCAGUGACAAAUAUCAAAGCCAAAUCCAGGGGCAUCACCGGGAAAUCCGCCUCCUACACCAAGUGGCCAAAGACUCCUGACAGGUCUCAGAGCUUCGGCAGCCCCAAUGCCAGCCCCUCCUCCCCCUUCUCCCACAUCCAGGGCAAAUCCAAGUACAUCUCCAACCUCUCGCUCUCCCGCAGCAGCUCCCGGCAGCAGCGCAGCCUCCGGCAGCCGGUGAGCGAGCGGCCCCGCACGGAGCGGCCCGGCACGGAUGGGCCAAGCCCGGUGCUGCAAUCCAUCCGGAUCCUGGAGAUCAACCUGGCCAUCCAUUCCCAGUACUGCGCCGCUGCCAACGCCUGCAGGACUGGGAAUUUCAGCUACCGCAUCCCCGUGAGCCAGCGGACGGCCGUGAACACCAACCUGACGCUGGAGAUGAACUCCUCCUCCGCUGUGUCCAUCUCCCUUUGCGGCCUGGUCUCCAGUGAUCCCUGCCAGGGUGCUGUGAGCGGGAACAGCUCCACUGACUCCACAGAUGCACAGGACACCACGCACCGCUGGCCUCUGGUGAUGCUGUCCUUCCGGGAGUUUUCCUACCACUUCCGAGUGGCGCAGCCAGGCCGAGCCGACUGCGGCGCUUCCCUGGAGCAGCUGGGACACCUCUUCACUGACUAUUACUUCCAGUUCUACUGGCUCUGUGAGUGAGUCCUGGCAGCACCAGUGCCCUCUGCUCGCAGACGGGAGGGGAACUGGUGCCACUGGGAGCCUCCCGAAUUCCCUGCUCCGCUGGCCCCCAGCCCCACCUCAUCCCCGUGUCCUGCGGCAGCUCCGGAGCUGGAACGGUCAUGGCUGGAGACACCGAAGCUCAGCACACACAGGACCUAAAAGCCACCACCAGCCCUGUGGUGGCUCCCGGGGGGACCUCGCACCGAUUCCCAGCGUCCCACAUCCCUCUGCUUUCCUUUUGGGGAUGUUUGUGUCCUCCGUCACUUCCCCCUCCCCUCCCAGCACUGGGUUUGGAAGCGUCGCACCGGACUGAGCGCGGAUGGCUCUGCCACGUCUCGGAGGGACGCUCCUUCCGUGGGCAGGAGCCCCAUCCUGGUGCUCCCAGAUGUCCCACAUCUGUUCUUCACAACACUGGAAUUGCUUCAACACUGGAGCCCUUUCCAAGAGCCAGACGCUGGAGUUUGGCCUGGAAAGGAUGGCUGUGCCUGGACCGACUGGAAGUCGUACACUGGAGUUGCUGUUCCUUCUGCUUGGCCCAGGGCCACGUCCCACAGACCUCCCAGAGACCCGCCAAUGGACGCGUUCCUCUAGGAACAACCGGAGGAGGAGCAGCCCCGACAUCAUCCCCUCUCUUCUCUGUGCUCUUAAAUCCCGUAUCCACGUGGGAUAUCCAGGUCUGGACGGAUAAAACCCCCACUCGAGCUGCCGCUGAGGCCACGCCACACCUGGGGACCCCUGUCCCCGAGCCGGGGGUGACAAAAUGGAUCCGCUUUUUAUCCACUGGUCGGCUCCGGAGCCGAUGCCAACCUCUGCCCAGAUGUGCAGCACCAGGAUCCGCGUCCAGGCGGGAUCUCUGCCUCGGGAGAGAGGGGUGGUGUUCUCCCAAAAGUUGGGAUGGCAGCAGCUGCAAGCUGUCCCUGCCCUCACCGAGUUGUGCUGGGAGGGAUUUGGGAUAUUUUACUGUUACAAGUCCUUAACUUGCUAAACUACUGAAUUCCUGUGGGGUUUAAGCCGUAAAAAAAUAUGGGAAUUUUCCUUCUGGCCCCACGGAGCCGCGUGUCCUGUGGGAAUGCCAAGUGGCUCCCUGUGCUUCCUCCCUCCCCAUCCUGCUCCUUGUGCUACAGAGGAGCUGUCUGUGUUCCUGGAGGCUCAGCCACCUCCAGGUAAUAUUCCAAGAUGGAUUUCCCUGAGGAAACAAGUGAGGGGGGGAAUGCCACAUGCUGAUCCUAAGGACACUCUAAAGCUGCUCUGGGAAAAAAAACCCACAAAGAUGGAUUUUAUCCAGGUAAAGUGAUGGUUCCUGGGCACGUCUGGGUUUUAUCCCCUAUCAUCCCCCUCCUGAGCUUAUCCCAGCAAAGCAGCCCUGAAAUUCCCGGUGAUGUCACUUGGAUUUGGCAUCUGCUCCCAAAAGCUGUCAGUGGGGAAGUUUCGAGGCCUGGUAAUGCUGAAUUGUAGUUACUAAAAUCCACUGAAUCCUGGAAAACAGGGAAUAGUGGGCGAGCAGGGAAUUCCCAGCAGCCAAGCAGUUGGAAAACCCAGUUUUGGGAAGCUCAGUGGGACAACAGGACGCCCCAAGGCUUGGGAAAACCUCUGCCCAAGCAGGGGGGUGCUCCGUGCUCAGCAGGAUUCUCUGUUUUUCCCUGAAACUGGGAAGGAAACACCUGGAUGUAGCUGAGUGCUCUUCCCUCCACCUGCCCCCAGUGGUUUUUUUCCUGGUUUUAAACUGGGAAGUGACUUCCUUGGCAGGUUUUUUGUCCCCUUGGCAAUCAGUGGCGCAGGCUGGCACCUCCUUCCUCAGGUGAGUGAUGCUGAGCUGGGAUAAAAGCCCCUGGAAGAGGAAACAGGGAAUGUUGGAAUGCUGCAGGGGGAGGCAGAGCCUGCAAUCACCCCCCUCUCCCCUCAGCCAAGACACACCAGUACAUCCCACCCCACUCCCGAGGGAAGGAAUCAAUCACUGGUGGCCCAGGAGGAGUUGGGAUCUCUCAGGUGUCCCCCAGGACGCUCAGCCAUGGGAUUUAGGGAGAUCCCCAACAAGCCAAGUGCCUGAGGGCUUGGAAACACCUCUAGUGCCUUUUCCCUUAGGGAACAGCCCCAGGGAACAGUGUUUUCCCACAUCUGUUCCCAAAUGCUGCCUCAGCAGUGGUGCCCGGGUGGUUUAACUGGGAUGUGGCAAUUCCUGGAGUGCCAAAGCAGGCCCCACCCACGUGGAGCUGGCAGCAAUCCCUGGGAUCAGGAGGGGACAGGGAUUCAGGAUGAAGUUUUUAGUGUCAACAGUACCUUACGUCUUUAAAAGUGGCACAGAGAAGUUUGGGAUGCUCCGUCCCUGGAAGUGUGUCCAGGACAGGUUGGAUGGGUUUGGAGCUGCCUGGCCUAGUGGGAAUGGGACAGAAUGGGCUUUAAGGUCCCUUCCCACCCAAACCGUUCCAGGAUUCCAUGAUAAAAAUCAUCCAUCGGCUGCUUCCCAGCGAGGCAGCGACGGGCUCCAGAGGGCUUCGGAAUUAUAAAAUGCAGGAGUCAUGGAAUUGCUUCCAGGCCUGUGGGAACAGCUGUCUGCACGGAUUGUCACCUCCCUCCAAAACGCGUCUCUGCCCCUUCCCCGUCCCCAAUCAGUUCCAAGAGAGUUCACAAUCAGGCCUUUCCCUGCGUGGGAUGGAGGGAAUUUGGAGCCGACCUCUCCAGCUCGGGGAAGUCCCUCCCUAUCCAGCGACAAAGAGACAUUCCUGGCAGGAAGAAGGAAGGAAAAAAAAAAAAAAGAAAAAAAAGUUUGGAGAGAACGAGGCUGUUUGGGAGUUGUUUCAAAAGCAAAUUCCAAACUCUUCUGUCCUACUGUUGGAGCUUAAAGCCUGUAAAUAGAGACUAUGGCACCACUGGAAGAAUUAAGGAAAAAACCACCACGUAAAGCACUAAUUUUGUUGGUUUUAAAUGUUGCUGCCACAGCUUUAAUCACUGUAUUUCGCCAGCCAGUUCGUAGAGUCGCAUUUGUAGCAGGUUAUUAUUGAUUCCUGGUUUUUGUUUCUGGGGAACAAGCGUGGUUUCCCUCGUUUCUUCCUGAUUUAUAUUUAUAUUUUGCUGAAUUUGAGGGCGGAGUCGUCAGAUUCCCCGGAUUUUUUUGUCGUCGUUGUUGUUUGUUUUGUUUUGUGUUUUUUUUUUUUUUUUGUUUUGCUUAUUUAGACUUUGUUUUAUGCUGGAGGUAAAUGUGCCCAUAUGAGUAAAAUAUAUAAAUACUGCUUUGUAUCCAA